GGUUGAGGGGCGGGGCCUAUACGGAUCAUGCGCAGAGCGGAAACGUGGAUGCGGAUACCGCUGCUCAACCAUGGGUGCUCCGGGAGGAAAAAUCAACCGGCCGCGAACGGAGCUGAAGAAGAAGCUGUUCAAGCGACGGCGUGUGCUGAGCAGGGAGCGGCGACUGAGGCACCGUGUGGUCGGAGCCGUGAUAGACGAAGGGCUGAUCACAAGGCACCACCUCAAGAAGCGCGUGAGUGCCAGACCCUCUCCCCCUUGGUCCAGUGCACGUGCCAACAUUACUCUAUCCGGGAAGAAGCGCAGAAAACUCCUCCAGCAGAUCCGACUUGCCCAGAAAGAAAAAGCAGCAAUGGAAGUGGAAGCCCCCUACAAGCCAGCCAGGACUAGUAAUUCACAGCCAAAAUUGAAAAAGAAGCCAAAGCCCCCCCAGGAUGUAGACAUGGAGGACCUCGAAAAUCAGAGCUAAGUUUCACACCCCUCGCACCAGAAGAUUCUCAGCUGGAGCCAGGAGGAGACUCGAUGGUUGUUUCAAAGGACUUUGGAGAAAGCGUUGCUCCUUUUCACUCUCCCCAGAUUCCUCUUCCCUGAUGGCUUAGUGACCUGACCUGGAGGGAUGUAUGGAGAGGGAGAGGGUGGAAAAGAAAGAUUGGAGAGGGGGGCUUCCUGAUGAGUCCACUCCAUUUGUAAUAAAGCCCUAGAGUUCUCAUCAA